GACACCCGUGGGCGGGGCUAAGAGGAAAACAAAGCGCCGGGUGGCCAAAUUAGCCAAUCAGAGAAGAGGAAUCCCCUUGAUCCAAUCGGGAGCGGCUAAGGGGGCGGGAGUCGGCGGCAGCAGGAGUGGUUGAGUUCCACGUGGUGCGAGACGGGCUGUCCGCGUGAGGGCGGGCGCUGGCGAUGAAGCUGAAGCUGAGAGCGGCUGGGGGCGGCGGUGACCGGGCAUUUGACAGUGCGGAGGGAGACAUGGAAGCCGAGGAGGAGAAUCAGGAUCUCCUCAAGAAAGGCAAACCCCAGGGAAGGAAAAGGGCUUCAGUCCCGGAUGGCGUUGUGAAAGUGGUGAAACUCAGCCGGGCUGAUCUGUACAAGCCGCCCACCAAUGAGGAGCUGAACCAACUGAAGGAGACCGAGAACCUCUUCCAUUCCAGCCUUCUCCGUCUGCAGAUCGAGGAGCUGCUGAAGGAGGUGAAGCUAAAGGAGAAGAAGAAACAGAAGAUCGAUGCCUUCCUCCAUGAAAUCAACACCCUGUUGAGUGCUGUCCCGGAGACCCUGGAAACCGAUCUCGCCGACCAGUCUUGGCUCCCAAAGGACGUGAAGGUUCCAUUCCUCCAGGUGCCUUUCAGCGUGAAGGGGAAGUUCCGCUUCUUGCCGCCAGCCGCAGUGACGGUGGUGGGGAGCUACCUGCUGGGCACAUGCAUCAAGCCGGAGAUCAACGUGGACAUGGCAGUGACGAUGCCCCGGGCAAUCCUCCAGGACAAAGACAACCUGAACCAGAGAUACCACCGGAAGAGAGCUCUGUACCUGGCCCACAUUGCUCAGCACCUCUCCAAGGAAAAGCUCUUUGGCAGCGUGAGAUUCACGUACAUGAACAGCAACCAUCUCAAGCCCAUCCUGCUCCUGCAGCCUCAAGGUAAAGACGAGAAGCUGGUGACGGUCCGGCUCUAUGCCUGUCCUGCCGCCGGCUUCUUUAAGCCCAGCCGCUUGCACCCCAGCAAGAACAACGUCCGGACGGCCUGGUUCCUGGAGCAGGGCUCCCCUGGAGAAGGAGCUGCCGAGCCCCCCACUCCUCACUACAACAACUCCAUCCUCUGUGACACGGGGCUGGAGUCCAACCUGCACUUCCUCGCCGGUGCCGCUGCCGAUUUCCCUGGCAUGAGGGAUGGAGUCGCCCUCCUCAAAGUUUGGCUGCACCAGCGGGAACUUGACAAGGGCUUUGGGUGUCUCAACGGCUUCAUGGCCUCCAUGCUUGUUGCCUACCUGCUAGCCAAGCACAAGAUCAGCCAGGGGAUGAGCGGCUACCAGGUGCUGAGGAGCGUCCUGCAGUUCCUGGCUACCACAGACCUGAGUGCAGCUGGGAUCAGCCUGUCGAAGGACGCAGAUAGCUCGCUGCCCACCCUGGCCGACUUCCACCAGGUGUUCGACGUGGUCUUUGUGGACCCCUCGGGGUUGGUGAAUCUCUGCGCCGACAUGACCGCUAGCAAGUACAAGCAGGUCCAGUUCGAAGCCAAGCGCUCGAUGGAAGUUCUGGACGACAGAACAGUGGAUGGAUUCCAGCUGUUGCUCAUGACUCCCAAGCCCCUGAUCAGAACCUUCGACCAUGUCUUCCACCUGAAGCAUGUCUCCAAGCUGCAGGGAGCCUGCAAGAAGAUGCAGCUGUUGAAUGAGCUGAUGGAUCGAGGCGGGAACUAUGUUGCUGCGGCCCUGCCCUUCGUUACCUCCCUGCUGGCGCGAGGGCUGUCCGAGAGGGUGCUGCUGCUGACACACUCCCUGCCCCAGGCACCGCAGUGGCCUAUCAGCGCAGAGCCCCCGAAGCACAAGGACACCGGACACCUGUCGUUCGGGCUCUUACUCGCCUCUGAGUUUGCCGCUAGCAUUUUGGAGAAGGGACCAGAGGCAGAUCGACCAGAGGCGGCUGAGUUCCGGAAGUUCUGGGGGGAGAAGUCCGAGCUGAGGCGGUUCCAGGACGGCACUAUCUGCGAGGCCGUGGUGUGGGGCGCAGAAACCAUGUGCCAGAAGCGCCUCAUCCCUGAGCAGAUUGUCAAGCACCUGCUGUGGCUACAUGCAGAUAUUCCUGAAUCCUCCAUCUGCUACUCAGGAGCCAUGCUGGAGUCUUUGAUCAGAGCUGGGCGAGAGCCUGCAGGGACUGGGGAGGAGGCUAUGGUCAGCAUCAUCCGCUCCUGUGACGACUUGAGCCGCAAGCUCUGGAAUCUGGAGGGGCUGCCGCUGACGGUGACGGCCGUACAGGGGACCCACCCGGCCCUCAGAUACACGGACGUCUUCCCUCCAACCCCCAUGAAACCGGAUUAUUUGCACCAUGUGAGGAUCAAGGAUAAGGAGUUGCUGCUUCCAUUGGCUGAGAAGCCCUGCCCGGCGUAUAUAGCCCCAAUGAAAGUCGUGUGCCAUAUGGAAGGGAGUGGCCAGUGGCCGCAGGACAAAGAAGCCAUCAAACGUGUCAAAGCCGCUUUCCACCUCCGCCUGGCCGAGCUCCUCAACCAGCAGCACCAACUCCUCUGCCGGCCUGCGGCCACCCACACAGACGUGUACAAGGAUGGCUAUGUUUUCCGUCUCCAAGUGGCCUACCAUAGGGAGCCCCAGAUCUUGAAGGAGGUGGUCACUCCGGAGGGGAUGCUGAAAUACCGGGACACAGAGGAGUCUCAGCAGCUGGAGCUGGAGACACUCCACCUGCCCUACCUGACCAGCUCUCUGCACGGGCUCCAGCAGCAACACCCCGCCUUCAGCGGCACUUCCCGGCUAGCCAAGCGCUGGGUCCGCGCCCAGCUGCUGAGUGACAGCCUCUCGGAUGAGUGCAUGGAUCUGCUGGCGGCGUCUCUGUUCCUGCACCCAGCACCUUUCACCCCGCCGAGCUCCCCUCAGGUGGGCUUCCUUCGCUUCCUUCACCUGCUCACGGCCUUCGACUGGAAGAACAGCCCCCUCAUCGUUAACCUGAACGCCGACCUCAAAGAUGCAGAUUACACCGAGAUCAGGAAUGAGUUUGUGGCUGCCCGGCCUCACCUCCCUGUCAUGUUCAUCGCCACCCCCAGAGACAAGCGGAGCUCAGUGUGGACCAAAGAACGGCCUUCUGCACAGAUCCUGCAGCGCCUUCUCGUGCUGGCACUGGAAUCACUCCGGGUGUUGGAGGAGCAGCUCACAGACGCGCUUGGGAGCCAGGAUGUGAAGGUGGUUAAACAGAGGCACAGAAAGAUGCACUCACUCGCCCACUGGGUCAUUGGCAGAGCUGAAUCCUUCAAUUCUCGGCUCUAACCAAUGGGCCAUAUCGACCUGUGAAGGUCAACAGGCAGGAAUUAGAGAGACUUAAGAGCAGAAAAGUUUUUCAUAGUGGCUCGAGAAAAAACAAAUUCCUGACCCCACAAAUCUGUCAUGAUCCACCUGCGCUGACCUGGUUUAUGUUCUUGGGUGGGUUGGCAGUGCCUAGCAAAUCAAACUGGGAUAUGAAAUCCAGACUUCCAGAGGUGCUGGGAAGUGUAUUAGUUUUAAAAUGAAGAAAUUGAGCAGCUGCCAUUAGAACGGAGCUAACAGCAACUCUGAAAGUCUGUGUCUUUCCCAGACUCUGCAAUGCUGGUACCGCCAUUCAUUUCCCAGCAGUUUCAGUGUGAUGAAUGAUCAAUAAAAUAUUAACUUCCAUUGCAGGGAAUGUCUGCACCGUUCAUGGGUACAGAGAGAGUAGGAAUUGGGGCAUAUAUUUUGAAACCCCCUGUUUUGCUUAAUAGGCCUCAGCCAGGUUAAAAAUCCACAGCUGAGAUUUUUCAAAAGUAAGUUAGGAAAUGUAGAGAAACUCACCAUAAAUAUCAAUUGAAGAAAUGUGUCUGAAGCCCUGAGACGGGUUUGAAAAUCUCAAUCUAUGUAUUAAAGGAAAAUAAAAACCCAGGAAAAUGAUAUCCUCUGCCAAUGUUAGAAAUAACAUCUUAGGAUAUUAACGCUGAGUCAAAUGUAUUUUUGACAUUAGUAGUUUACAUUCUCCAUUUCUUUCAGCUUGUGCAAUGAAAAUAGACUAGUUCGUUUCACUUUUGUGUUUAAUAAGUUUCUAGUUAACUUUCCUUUUGGGGUCUCUUCAGUGUUGUUAUGUUUAAAAUACCCUGUUUGUUAAGAACAUAAGAAUGGCCCUAUUGGGUCAGACCCAAGGGCCCAUC